AUGGCCUCCUCUCGCAAGAGACCAAGGGCGUCCGAUGCCGACCGUCAGGAUCGAGUGCAGGAACGGAAGGAGGAUAAGGAUAACACCCGAGCCGAAUGCCCAUUCCGAGUUAUCGUCGACCCCGUGGUGGCAGACAAGAAGAAGAAGAACAAUAACAACAAGCGCAGACGCACUGCGGGAGGCAAAGCGGAGUCAGUUGACGACGAGGACGCAGACCCAGCGGACAAGCUCAACUUUCAGCAGUCUCCCUUCCAUCCGUCGGGCAAGUUCAGGACGUACCCGAAUCUGGAUGUAAACUACAAGGUCGAGCCCGCCAAGGAUUGGACCGACAUGACGAGGUAUAACAGUUUUGUGUUGAAUAACGUUAAAUACUACGCUGAAAACUUCAUCUAUGUCGCCAAUGAUCUGAGCAUAAAGAAGAAGGAGCCAAAACCACAAGAGGGGAACGACGAGGCGGCCGCCGCGCCGAUAACAAGACGGGAUACCGAGUGGGUCGCCAGGAUUCUCGAAAUCCGCGCCCGGGACGAGCACCAUGUCUUUGCCAGAGUUUAUUGGAUGUACUGGCCUGACGAGCUGCCGGCCAAGACGCGCGACAGGAAAAGGAUUGUGCAGGGGAGACAACCGUACCAUGGGCAGGGCGAACUGGUGGCGUCUAAUCACAUGGAUAUCAUCAAUGUGGUCAGCGUUACAGAGCCCGCGAUUGUGAAACACUGGUUCGAGGAGAACGAUGAGGAGACGCAGGAUAGUCUGUACUGGCGACAAGCUUAUGACAUAAGAUCUCAGGAGCUUUCGACCGUCGAGCUUGUAUGCGGCUGCAACACCCCAGCUAACCCUGACAAACUGCUAGUCGGAUGCUCUUCUGAGUCAUGUAAGAAGUGGUUGCACGAAGAGUGCAUCAAGGACCAAGCCCUUCGAGCGACGUUUGAACGACUUGGUACCGACAAGCCUCACGUCCUGGUGAAGGAGGAGAAGGUGGAGAAGGUGGAGAAGGAGGAGGAGGCCGACGACAAGCAAGAUGCCAAGGUGGAACCGAACGGUGACGCCAAACAAGAGGAGUCCGUGGACGUUAAAGCCGAGAAGGACGCCUCUCAGACUAACGGAGGCACCAACGGCAAUCGCGCUCUUAAGGCCGGCAGUGAAGACGCCAAACCGGCGCCCGAAGACACCCCCGAAGCCGAAGCCGACGAGGACGAGGACGCCCAGCGCCAAGGCAGGGGCAUCGAAGUCCACAACUCCCGCCCCGACAUCAGCACCAGGAUCCACGGCAACGGCAACACCAACGAUAAAAACGGAAGGAGGGCGGAAACCCGGCCGACUCCGCAAAAAGUCGCUAGCCCUCCCGGAAGCAAGGUCACUAACAAGGAUAGGCCAUGGGAGGGUCUAUUUUCCGUCACGCUCGAAAUGAAUGGCCAGCCUUACCUCGAGUUCACCGACCUCCGGGCUGACGUCUUGGCGGAGGGCGGGGCCAAAACGUGGACGGAACCCAUCAAGUGUCUUGUAUGCGGCGUGCUCGUCAAUUAG